AUAACUCAACGUUCCCACGUUUGCACGUAAUGUCAUUCAGUGAUGGGUAUUUUUGUUUUUAAACGUUGCUAAUAAAAGUAGAAACUCUUAUCUCCAUAAUAAUAUGGCUGGUAGUAGAACAGAAAAGUUUGGAAGCAUUUAUACUAGGAUGUGUGGUCUUUUAAGAUCAGGAGCUUUGAAAGCAGAAGACCGACCAGUCUGGUUUGAUGUUUACGAAGCCUUUCCACCAAAGACUGUACCGGUGUAUGAACAGAGAGUACCAAGGAAACCAGUGAACAACAUUCUGUAUCCUGAGGACUUCGUUAGAGUGAAAUUCUACCAAACGUUUGGAAAUCCUGACAUUGUGGACAUGAGUAAUGAGAGUGUGAAGACAACAUGUCAAAAGUUUGUGGAAAAAUAUUUCGAGCUUCAAAAGUCUGGAACUUCCAAUGAAAGCAUCUUUGAGGCAACAGCAACAGCCAUAAAACAGCAAGGAAUACGGUUACGCUCAUUACAGGAAAUGAAUAAGAUGAAAAUGGAGUUUGGCGAUGUUAAACAAACCAUAACCCCAUCUCGGAUAUCGGUCAAAGAUGUGUUUGGCGAAGUGAAGCCUGAAGAUGAAGAAGCAACGUUUGAGCCAGAAGACGACACAAAAGACCCUUACAAAGACAGCUAAAAGAACACCCAUCUUAGAAUCUGUUCAUUUGUAAUUAGAAGUUCUCAGUGGGGAGAUAAGAGACUUGAAACUAACACUUGGUACAGAUGUCAUCAGUCUACCUAGUGACAUGUCCCACAUAGGUUCACUUAGCAUCUGCAACUAACAAUGUGGCGGCCACAUGCGACUCCCAUCAGAAUAGCUUAAAAAAUAAACUAUAUUCUGUUGGAAUUUGACAAAUGUACAAGAAUUCCUGUGUUUUAUUUAGUGUAAUAACAUUGUUGUCUGUCUGACAGACAGCUACACUAUUAGUUAGUGAUGAUUAACUAUUAAGUUUUCCCACAUGUACCGAAGUGGAAUAGAGUGGAUCUUACAUGUGACUUGUCUAACAAAAUAUGAUGAUAAACUCAUCUGUAAAUAAAACAAUGAAAAGUU